AUGAUGCCCCGCUAUUGCGCAGCGAUUUGUUGUAAGAACCGCCGGUGACGAAACAAUAAAGACCGGAAGCUGAGUUUUUAUCCAUUUCCUCUACAUGACAAAGAAAGACUGGAAAAGUGGUUAAAGAAUAUGAAGCGAGAUUCAUGGGUUCCAGGAAAGGACCUUUCUAAAAAAAAAUCCCAGAAGAAAAACUUGGAAGAUGAGAAAGAAGUGUGCCCAAAAGCCAAGUCAGAAGAAUCAUUUGUAUUAAAUGAGACAAAGAAAAAUAUAGUUAACACAAAUGUGCCCCCUCAACAUCCAGAAUUACUUCAUUCAUCUUCCUUGGUAAAGCCACCAGCUCCUAAAACAGGAAGUAUACAAAAUAACAUGUUAACUCUUAAUCUAGUAAAACAACAUACUGGGAAACCAGAAUCUACCUUGGAAACAUCAGUUUACCAAGAUACAGGAAUAGGUGGUUUUCACACAUGUUUUGAGGAUCUGAAUUCUACAACCAUUACUUUGACAACUUCAAAUUCAGAAAGUAUUCAUCAAUCUUUGGAAACCCAAGACGUUCUUGAAGUAACUACCAAUCAUCUUGCUAAUCCAAACUUCACAAGUAAUUCCAUGGAAAUAAAGUCAGCACAGGAAAAUCCGUUCUUAUUCAGCACAAUUAAUCAAACAGUUGAAGAAUUAAAUACAAGUAAAGAUUCUGUUAUUGCCAUUUUUGUACCUGCAGAAAAUUCUAAACCUUCAGUUAAUUCUUUUAUAUCUACCCAAAAAGAAACUAUGGAAAUGGAAGACAUAGACAUCGAAGACUCCUUGUAUAAGGAUGUAGACUAUGGGACAGAAGUUUUACAAAUCGAACAUUCUUACUGCAGACAAGAUAUAAAUAAGGAACAUCUUUGGCAGAAAGUCUCUAAGCUACAUUCAAAGAUAACUCUUCUAGAGUUAAAAGAGCAACAAACUCUAGGUAGACUGAAGUCUUUGGAAGCUCUUGUAAGGCAGUUAAAGCAGGAAAACUGGCUAUCUGAAGAAAAUGUCAAGAUUAUAGAAAACCAUUUUACAACAUAUGAAGUCACCAUGAUAUAG